AUGAAACCGCGGUACAAUCUUCGUACUCAAGCAUCAAAAGUCUUUGUUUCCUCAUCAAAUAAAGAUUUACCUUCAAUAUCGUCCUCUCGAAUUGCCAAAAGAUUAAAACAUCGCCGAGCUACAGCAAAGAAUAAUCAAGCAAAUCGACGUCAAAGUCUUCGUUUAACGUCGAUUCUUAAUCAAGCAAAACCUCGACCAAUCAUUCGUGAAACUUCACCAAAAUGGCGUAAAGUCGAGAAUGACACUGCCGAAGAUAAUCUCUCCAUAAAUGACGAAGACGAUGAUUACGAUGAACUUCUAGCUCGCCAUCAUCGACACAUGUUGGAAGAACAAAAAGAUAGAAAACUUUACGAACGAUACGUUCGUGGUCAACGAACACUUCGUCGUUUGCAAUGUCGUCGUACUCAUACAGCUCACUUGAACGAAGCAACACGUACCCGUCUAUUACGUGAACUAGAACGUGAACGUCGAUACACAGUUCAAGACCAAGUUUGUGCUUAUCUUACUGAUCAUACAAUAAUCUUUCGACAUGGAUGUCAAAUCAAUUCCAGUGAACCAAUGACUUGGUCAACAUUGGAAGACGAACUGCCUCGGCAGAAACAUUUUGAUACUAUACAUCAAUUAGAUGUAAUGAUUAACAAUCUGAAGAAAGUCAUUCAAACUUCAAAAUCGUCUUUAUCCAAACCACGACUAUCUGUACAUGAAAGACAGAAACAACGUCUGACUGCACGAAAUCUUCCAGUUACUCCGCUUGUUUCGAAUACCACACAAGCAAACGAAACCCGUUCAGUAAUCUCACCAAUCCACUCAAUACCUCAACCAACUGCAAUACCACGUGUACCAGUCGUGAGAUUUGUCGACGAUCCAUUACGAAUGAAUAACUCUCAACAUUUAACAUGUAUUCAAAAUGUUUUAUUACAAACUAAUAACAAUCACAACCAUCAUGCCAGUCGAAUGACAACAAAUGAAAUAUCUUCACCGAUUGGUAUUCGAAAACAAUUCCUUCGUCCAAAAUUAACACAUACCAAUAUGUCUGAGUCAUCGCAAACAAAGAAGCGACCACUAGAAAAAGAGAAUUGCAGCCUGGGGACAUCUACAGGAAGCAAUCACUCUUCACAUUCAACUCUUGUUUCAAGAGUCACACCGUCAAUGGUAUCGAUGAAACCUUCAACAUCGUACCGUUCGUAUCCCAACACUCGAAAACAUCCAAUGAAUAUUUAUUCAUCAUCAACUCGUCGACAAACACGACUUUCUGCGAAUGUUUAA